AGGGGCGGCAAGGAGUCUCUCCGUCUCCCCCGCAGCGGGGCUUUUGCAGGGCGCUGCUUGCCGGCGGAUGCCCGGCGACCCGUUGCAGGGAGGCGGAGAAGCGGGGUAAGCUUUCCUCGGCCGGGCCCCUGUCCCGGUGUCUGUGUGCAAGCUGCAGCAGGUUGCUCUGCGCUGCGGGGAAACGACGGGCCGGCAUGAAAAACAAAAACAUGGAGAUGCAGUAGGAGGCUUCGGGCAGAAGAGAGCAAUCCCUUGUCGAGGAAGCACCCAGAAAGGAAGAAUUAAGAAAUGGCAUUUCGAAAGGCAGUGAAAGGAUCUGUCCUCAUUGGAGGAGGUGCUAUAGCAACCGUGUUUGGUCUUUCACAACUUUCUCAGUAUAGAAAAAAGCAUGGUCAUUUUGCAUCUGUUAGAGCUUCAGAAUGUAAGACCCUGCAAAUGCAAAGCCGGCUUCCUGCCAGAGAAAGUCAGCUCCAGGAUCUGCAAAACACGGGUGAAUUUGAUAUCCUCAUAAUAGGUGGAGGUGCCACAGGAAGUGGCUGUGCCUUGGACGCUGUUACGAGAGGCCUAAAAACAGCCCUUGUAGAAAGAGAUGAUUUCUCAUCAGGGACCAGCAGCAGAAGCACUAAAUUGAUCCAUGGCGGAGUGAGAUAUCUUCAGAAGGCCAUCAUGAAGUUGGAUUUUGAACAGUACAGAAUGGUUCAAGAAGCCCUCCAUGAACGUGCCAAUUUGCUGGAGAUUGCACCUCAUUUAUCUGCUCCUCUCCCUAUAAUGCUUCCUAUUUACAGGUGGUGGCAGCUGCCAUACUACUGGGUAGGAAUUAAACUCUAUGAUCUUGUAGCAGGAAGCCAGUGUCUGAAAAGCAGCUAUGUGCUUAGCAAAUCAAAAGCCUUGGAACUCUUUCCUAUGUUGCAGAAGGACAGGCUUGUAGGUGCCAUUGUCUACUAUGAUGGACAACACAACGAUGCACGAAUGAACCUUGCCAUUGCUCUCACUGCUGCCAGGUAUGGCGCUGCCACAGCCAAUUACACUGAAGUGGUGCGCUUGCUGAAGAAGACAGAUCCAAAGAGCGGGAAGGUCCGUGUCAGUGGAGCAAGGUGCAGGGAUGUUCUCACAGGGCAGGAAUUUGAUGUCAAAGCCAAAUGUGUUAUCAAUGCUACAGGACCUUUCACAGAUUCUGUGCGGAAAAUGGAUGAGCAGGAAGUAGCAAACAUCUGUCAGCCAAGCGCAGGCGUUCAUAUUGUGAUGCCUGGGUAUUACAGCCCUGAUAAUAUGGGACUUCUUGACCCAGCAACUAGUGAUGGAAGAGUGAUUUUCUUCUUGCCAUGGCAAAAGAUGACCAUUGCUGGCACCACAGAUACUGCCACUGAAGUCACACAUCACCCAAUUCCCACAGAGGAAGAUAUCAACUUCAUCUUGACAGAAGUGCGCAACUAUCUUAGUUGUGAUGUUGAAGUGAGGAGAGGCGAUGUUCUAGCAGCAUGGAGUGGUAUUCGUCCCCUUGUGAUUGACCCCAGUUCUAAAGACACCCAGUCCAUAUCUCGGAAUCAUGUGGUCCAUGUUAGUGACAGCGGCCUUGUGACAAUAGCAGGUGGGAAAUGGACAACCUAUCGCUCAAUGUCCCAGGAUGCUGUUGAUGCUGCUGUAAAAGCUCAUAACCUUCAAGCAGAUCCUUGUAAGACCAUAGGGCUCUUUCUUCAGGGUGCAGAUGGUUGGAGUCCUACCCUUUAUAUUCGUCUAGUUCAGGACUAUGGACUUGAAAAUGAGGUGGCUCAGCAUCUUGCGGCUACAUAUGGAGACAAGGCUUUUGAAGUGGCCAAGUUAGCCCAGGUUACAGGGAAGAGGUGGCCAAUCGUUGGAAAACGACUUGUAUCGGAGUUUCCUUACAUCGAGUCUGAGGUUGAAUAUGCGAUCCAGGAGUAUGCCUGCACUGCAGUGGAUAUCAUUGCUCGUCGGACACGCUUAGCCUUCCUGAAUGUGCAAGCUGCUGAGGAAGCUUUACCAAGAAUCGUUGAGAUCAUGGGGAAGAAGCUCAAGUGGAGUGAACAGAAGAAAAAGGAAGAGCUUGCAGAGGCGAAGAAGUUCCUGUACUAUGAAAUGGGCUACAAGGUACGGUCAGAGCAAUUGACGGAUCAUGCUGAAAUCACUCUGGCCGCAACAGAUAUUGAUAGAUAUAAGAAGAGGUUCCACAUGUUUGAUAAGGAUGGCAAAGGUUUUAUUACCAUAUUGGACGUACAGCGUGUGUUAGAGAGCAUCAACCUUCAAAUUAAUGAAAGUGCACUCCAUGAGAUUUUGAAUGAAGUGGAUUUGAACAAAAAUGGACAAGUUGAACUCAAUGAGUUUCUGCAGCUCAUGAACGCUAUCCAGAAAGGGUACGUCUCUGGAAGCCGGCUUGCUACACUUAUGAAAACCGCUGAAGAGAACAUUUGUCAGCGUAAUGUAAUUUCAGUGGAUCGGAGUGGCGGUGGACUGUGAGUUUGGGGUGCUGCAGAAUGGUGGAUACCAGGAAGCUGCCUCUAUCGAUGCUGCAAACAUUCCACUUCUUAAAGAUGUCUCUAUUCCUCAACACCAUUUGUCUGGCAUUGAGCAAUUAUACAGAAAAAGACCUUGGUGCAGCACCCCGCCCCCCCCCCCAAGUUUCCUUUGCACGUAUUGCUGCCCUGACAUGUGCCCUACUGAACUGGGUAUACGCUUCUCUUUUCUUGAUGGGCAAGAAUUUGAUAUACAGUACGGGAGAUAGGAAAAUUUCAAACUGGUGCUUAUUUUCUAGGCUAAUCCCAGUGGAUCUUCACUGUCUGGUGGUUGCAUUCUGGCACCACAUCAGGAAAUCUAGAUGGAAACCUAGCAUGAAUGUGGAUUAAUUUUUGCCAUUUGCACAAGAGCACCGGUGAUGUCUCUCUUUAUAACAGCAUCAAGCUGGCCCCCGCUCUUGUUAUCUUGCUGCAUUUAUUUUUCAGAAGGGGAAGAUGCCGGCAUGCCUCUCGUGUCUUAUUCAUGGCCCUGUUUUUAAAUCUCUGGCUUACUCCACCCACCCACAUGAACACACUUUUCUCAGAGAAGGCAUAUUGCAUAAAACAUUCACAUUUAGGGUAUUAUUACAAGGCUUUUAAGAAAAAACGUAUGUCAUACGAAAGGGAAUAAUUUGUAACUGGGGAGUUACAAUAAUGCUCAAAUCUAAGGUUUAUUGAUGAGGACCAUCCAAAAUAUAGGUGAAUGGCCAGUGAUACUUAAUCGUGUUUGGGUGAGAGGACAUACUGGUCAUGAUUCAGUUAAAUUGAAACAUGGUUAAGUUUUACUAAAAUUGAUAAGAUUAGCUGCACAUUUAGGUGAUAAUGUCCUGCACAGGAGGUAUGAUUUACAGAUGGAUUUCUAAAAAGCACACUAAGAGAAUGCAAAACUUGAAACACAUAAAAACAAUAACUAAAGAAUCCAUGCUCCACCAUGAAAAAAAACUAACAAGAAGGCUGGAAGUUCGAUCCCCUGUUCUUAUCCCUGUGUAACAAGUGCUAAAGUUUAGUUGUGCAUGUAAGUGUGUGUUCCUAUUCCUAUGCCGUUUCUGUAGAUGUUGUAACAAACGCUUCUGUGCUGAUUGAUUGAUUGUUUCAUACAUCUUGCACAAACUAAGCAAAAUGGAAAACUAUUCUAGUGUCCCACUCUGGGAUUUGCUUAAAAAAAACAACAGCGCUGAGUUAGAUAUUGCUAAAUAAAUACUAAGGUGGCUCGUCCUAUUUUGAUUCUUUUCCUCAAACACAUGCUCAUCUUUUGCAUCUUUCUCUUUCCUAUUAAGCUGGAUGACAUCAUUAAGAUCAAAUGGAAGCUUUUUUCCUGAUGUUUAGAUGAUAAAAUGAUUAUUUAAAACAAAAGGAGAAGACUUCAGGUUACUGGUGAAUCUCUUUGCAUCUAAAGGCUUAUACUUACAUUACAAUUUUAAUUUAAGAUGAUGUUCUUGCAAGUCCAUAGGAAAAAAAUGUACAAUGAGAGAGUUUGGUACUUGCAGGUUGAAAUUGUUUCCAUAUCUAAAUGAGAAAAUGUGGGGACCAGCUCUUAGAUGCAUAUAGAAAUGGGGGCUAAAAAGUGUUUAUGCACAGAAGUAUCUGAAUUAAAAUACAUUAAGGCAGGACCAGGAUGCCUUUUCAUGUUCUGUAAUAAUGCUGUCCAAAAAUAUCCCCUCAGUAGAAAUAGUUUAAUGCAGAAUUAAAGGUACUUUGACUUCCACUAGAAAUAAUAUAACUGGGAUAUUUUCCUCAUAUGCUUCGUAACUUUUUUAAAAAGCAGCUAGAGGAAUAGUCUCUCAUUUGUAUACAAAAUUUUAGACCAGUCCUUGUUGGAUACUGAAGCCAAGUCUAAGUAAAAAAUAAUUGACGAUAAUUUUCUUAAAAGCCUUUAGCAAUGUCAUACGCAGAUAUUUCCCUUGUUAACUUGGGCUCUAUACCUACUUUUAGAUGAUGGCAAGAGUAGGAGUUAGAAAAUGGAUUCCUCUGAAUUUUAAGUCCCAAACACUUCAGAUUGACUAGAAAUACUCAACAGAAUCCUCAGGCAAACUUGACUAUUUGUGGUCUCCUUGUGAGCAUUAAGGACUGGGUUCCCAUGGUUCUGUUGGCUGUUUAUUCUCAGUAUGACUAGCAUGUCUCAGUUCUUAUCUUCCUGAUUUAGUUUAUCUGAAUUGAUUUUUCUUCUCACAAGGAGCAAUCUUAACAGCCUGUUUUGCUACAUUAUAUGUGAAUAUUUUAUAUACACCUUUACUCUAAAAAAGUGACAUUUUAGAUUCAUCCUUAUACGUCUUUACAGAAAAGAUUAGACCUGGGAUCCAGAAGCAUGACUGUGCCUCAUCUAUACCUGUGUUAGGAUUUAGCCAUUUCUCUUUUUCCAAAGUUAACCAGGAAAAUAAGAGGAGUCAUGAGUGUACUCUGAGGAAGAAAUCUAAUGCUCUGCAUUUAUAUAUCCACCAUUUCAAAUAGUUUCUCCAGACUGGUACAUGUUAAUACAGAAUUUUCACAGUGUCUAAUGAUGCCUGUCUCCAAGCUAGCUCAAUCCUUGCUUGUUUUCUCCCUUUGCUCCCAAUUUCUUCAUACCAAGAGCUUGAAUUUUUGACAUGGUUUAUAUGCAUGCUGCGACUUGGUUAUUCUGAAUUUAAACUGAACUUGUCCUUGCUUUCUUUUCUUAUGUUAAAGUGUGUGUUGCUGCUUUGUACAAGAAGUGAAAGAACUUAUAUAUGCAUCAUUUUAUGCCUGCUUGAGUCAGUAAAAUGAAAAACUAAAAAUGACUUGGUUACCUGACACCACCUUUUUAUAAUUUGAAAAAUUGUCAUUUUGAAUGUGUGGUAAACAUAAUGCACUUGCAGCAUUUUACUGUUUGCACUGUUUUAAUUAGAUGAAAUUCUACUGUAUUUUUUAAAAAGAAAAGAAAAUUAACAAUAAAGUUCAGAGCAGGUUGUAUUUUGAUGUGUAGGUGUAUAUAUGCAUGCAUAUAUGCAUACGUAGACACUCCCAUUGCAUGUUUUUUGUUGGGUUAUUGUUCUAGACUGGACUGUUAAACACUGUGUUUGAGGCUGGGUUGUCAUUUUUAUAUCUGUCGGUGUUUUAUUGCCAUUAUUUAUUACUUUUGAUAUACAGAAUGAGCUGCAUGCAUUUAUAGAGCAAUAAGAGGAUGUAUUUAAUGUGCCUUGUUUUUAACUGAAUAAGAUCUGAAAGCGUGAAUCAAUAAAACUGAUUAAAAUGGUCCACUCGCUGGCAUUUUGAUGUUACCAGCAGUUACAGAAAUAAAGUUGAUCAACCCUGAA